UGAUGGCUAUGGGGAUGUAGCUGUUGGAUUUAGGAAAAAUAUAAGAUAUGAAGGAAUAAUAUAUAAUACUGUUCAUGAUAUUAUUAUUGCUAGCACUUUGAGUUUAGAUGAGAAUUUUGUCAUCUGCUAUGCUUAUUUUUCCCCUAGUAUUAAUUCUAGUAUUUUUGGUUAGUAAAGUGGUUAUGAGAUUAAUAGACUUCUAUCUUUUUUUGGCAAAAUUUAAUAACUUACUCAUUUUGGGUGAUUUCAAUGCAAAAAAUAGGGUUUGGGGUGAAAGUGUUGGUAAUUUUGAAGGUAAGCUUAUUUUUAAUGAAAUUAGAAAAGUGGGUUUUAUGUGUCUUAAUGAUGAUACAAAUACUUUUUCAGAAGCUAGAAACAAUUCUUUUGUUGAAUCUGUUUUGGACUUAUCCUUUACCAAUUCUCACUUCAAUAUUUUAUGGAGUUGUAGUCCUGCGUAUGUGGGGGGUAGUCACCAUCACCCAAUAUCUAUUGUUAUAGAGGGAAUCAAAAGAGUUUCUCGGCCUUUUAUUUGCAAAUACAAACAUAUGAAAGCUUUAUCGUCCAUUCAAGGUACUUGUGAUUCGGGGGAUGUUGUUGUGGCUAUUAAGCAAGAAAUUUCAAAGGCUACUGUUGAUUUAAAUACUGUAAAAUUUACUCCUAAAGAGUGGUGGAAUAAGGAUUUAAGAAGGAUGUAUCGUAGGUUAUUGGCUAGUAGGAAAAAGAGAUUAAUUUGUAGAAUUGAGGAUAUGGAUCUUGCGUGUGUGAGAGCUGAGGAAUGGAAAAAAGCGGUUAAGGGUGGUAAAAGUAGAAGUUUUAAAGAAAGAAUUUAUGAAUUGAAUUCUUGCCCUAACUCCAGGGAGGCUUGGAGAUUGGUAAAUAACAUUAAAGGUAGUAAAUAUAAAAACGUUGAAUGGAUAAGAGAUGACAAUGAAAGAUAUUUAAAUUUUCUCAAAGAUCAGGUCUGUAUUUUGAAUGAUGAUCUCAGUGUUCAGCAGAAUUUUUUUAAUGUGGAUCCCCAUAUUAGUUGUAGCGAUUUAACCUUCUCCCUAGUUGAUAUGGAUUUAGCCUUAAGUAAGAAAAAAAGGUCGGCUGCGGGACAGAAUUGUAUUACUUUUGAGAUGCUUAAAAAUUUGUUUGAUGAGUGCAAACGUUUGUUGAUUGAAGAUCUUUGCUUUCAUUUUAACAAUAACUUUGUCAAGGCUGAUUCGAGAGUUAUACGCAUAGUUCCAUUCCUAAACCCAAUAGAGAUUUAAAUGAUA